UUGGCGACCAUGUUGUAGUUGAAUUAGUAAUGGAUACUGUUUGAGUUGCUUGCGUAUGAGUUAUACAGGAAACUUUGUUGCUACUGAUUAAUAUUAGGUAUUUCACAAUGUUUGGCCGUAGGAAAGAGGAAAAACGCCGUAUGAAUGACGGACGUGGGUUGUCACAGUUUGGACUGUUGGAUGUACCAAAUCUAAAUGAUUUUGGAAAUAUUGAAGUGAUGGGAGGAGUGGAUGAUUAUGAAGAUGAUGAUCUUGAGGCUGAGUUGAUGGCUUUGACUUCAGGAAAAUCUCCUACCAGGCCAAAACGAGUUCGUCCAACUCCUGUAAAUAUGGAUGUGAUGGUGUCAGAAUGUAUGCGGGAUAUCCCUACAGAUGAAGAAUUAUCAGAAGAUGAGAAUGAUUCUUAUUUGUUGGAUGAGCUCAGUGCUUUAAGUAAGGAUGAAGUGGAGGAGCCUGUGCCCCAUCAUGUAGCUGAAGGCUUAUCAGUUGGCCCUGGUAACAUGGAACUUUCCUUAGUGGCCAUGCUUGAAGAGAGACUCAAAAUGUACCAGGAAGCUGAAGGCAGUGCAAAGGCUGCUGGUGAGACUUCCAGGGCAAGAAGGUUUGGUCGUGGUAUCAAGACACUCAAUGACCUUCUAAAACAAGCCCUUUCAGGAAAAGCAGUCAGUGAGGAAGAGAUACCUCCUCCUGUGGUGACUGUUGCAGGGAAGAAAUCUGUUGAACCCGAUCUUCCUUCUUCAGCACGAUCACCUCCUUCAAAAGAACUUCCUGUACCAUCACGCCCAGCACCACCACCUCCAGUUUCAGUCCAGCCACCUCCUGUACCACCCCAUCCUCCAUUAGGAGUUCCUUUGCCUGGCAUUGUUGCAGAUGACAUAAACAACAGUACAUCCCAGUCUCCUGUAGAAUUGACAGGGGAAGGUAGUAAGACACUGAACAUGCUGAAGGAACGGCAAAGCCAGUACAAGCAAGCUGCAUUACAGGCCAAGAGGGCAGGCAACAAUACAUUAGCCAUCCAGUAUGUCCGUACAGUCAAGCAAUUUGAUCCUGUAAUAGCAGCACUGCAGGAAGGCCAGCCAGUGGAUUUGAGUGCAAUGCCACUGCCUCCACCAGACUUUGUGGUACCUGCAUCAGCAUUAAGUGGGCAGAAAGAAGAAGGUGAAAGGCAGUGUACAUCUGAGGAGGUCCCAGCACUGGUAAAUGACCAGGUGGUGCCACCCACUGAGCUAACAGAAACAGCACCAUUGGUUGAGUCAGAAGUGGAUAUUUAUUCUGCCCCACCAGCACCAACUACAGUGAUGGAAGCAUUGGAACAACGUCUCCUCAAGUAUCGCAGUGUUGAACAGGCUGCUCGUGAUGAUGGAAAUACCAGCAAAGCCCGCCGCAUGGGUCGUAUUGUGAAGCAGUAUGAGAAUGCCAUCAAGUUACAUAAUGCAGGCAGACCAAUUCCAGUGGAUGAACUACCCAACCCCCCAGGUUUUGGCCCCAUCCCAUUGGGAGGUGGUGGAACUGCACCCACAACCACUAGUCCAAGUGAAGAUCGUGCACCAUCUCCUGUCCCUACUGUACUGACUCCAGCUGCUGCUGCUGCAUCAUCUCCAAUCCUUAGACCAAAGGAAGAUCAAUCUGGCACUGCUCCUACAACAUCUGGUCCAGAGACACCACUAAAAAUAAAUGUGCGCAAAACUCCACAAUCCCGUCAAGAAAAGCAAUUGGCAUUCCUUCUGGCUCGCCAAAAGGAAUUCAAAGAAGCAGCAUUACAAGCUAAACGUAAAGGAGAAGUGAAUCAAGCUAAGGAAUAUUUAAGGCUUGCGAAAGGUUUUGAUCCACUAAUUGAGGCUUCAAAUUGCGGCUUGCCAGUAGACAUGGAUACAGUACCAAUACCUCCAGACACAAGGGUAGUCCUUGAAUCAGAUUUUGAUUUUGUUACUGUUGAUGACUGUGUCCCUGGAAGUGAUGCUGAAAUUUUCGAUAAAUUGGAAGAAGAUCUUCUGAAACAAACCAAGAUGUGUCUGACUACACGGGACCACUUCAAAGCAAUAGGAGAUGUGGCUAGUGCAAACCGUUUUGAGCAACUGGCAUUACACUCAAAGAAAGAUUUGAAUGCAGUGCGCUGUGCACACAAACGGAGUGAAUCAAUCCCCAAAUUCCAUUAUGAAACUAAAAGCUUCUCUAUUGUGCAGUGCUGUACAGAUCUGGGUGACAAUGACCUUGAAUUGACAAUUAUACAAGGAAUCAAUUACACUGUAUCUAACCCGAAGGAUGUGGACACAUAUGUGAAGUUUGAGUUCCCCUAUCCCAGUGAGGAUCCACCAAAGGACCGAACAUCCUUGGUAAAAGACACAAAUAACCCUGAAUAUAAUUCUACCUUCAAUCUGACAAUUCAUCGUAACUCACGUGCUUGCCAGCGAGUGUUCAAGAGACACGGCAUCAAGUUGGAGGUCUGGUCACGAGGGAGCUUCUUCAGAAGUGAUGUGUUGAUUGGAACAGCUGCUGUGAAGUUGCUUCCACUGGAAACCAAAUGCACUAUUCAUGACUCCUUUGAUCUCAUGGAAGGUCGCAAGCCAGUAGGUGGGAAGUUGGAAGUGAAGGUUCGCAUUCGCAAUCCAAUUCUUACAAAGCAAGUAGAGCAGGUACAAGAAAAGUGGCUUGUCAUCGAUCACUUUCAGUGAAGCAGAUUGUAACAUAUUGCAUGUAUCUGUGUAAAGUGAUAUUUAUUUGCAGUGUAUAGAAUUCUGUUCCUGUGAUGUAGUGUUAAUUAUAUUGCAUAAUAUACUAUCAAGGGUUUUUGCAGAUGACCCACAUAUAGUAGAAACAUCUUAGGGGAAAAAAAUGAAUUUUUUAACUUCAGAUGUAUACAUAAGUGGCACAAGGUGAAAUAAAAUAAUUUAUAUUGUUUAA